UUUCCAAUCCUGUCGACAGACAGAAGCAGGCAGGCAGGGAAAAAAGUCCGUCUGAGAGUCACGAUGAGAGAAGAGAGGACAAAAAGGAUGGAGCAGAGGCUGGGGAGGAGUCCUGCUGCCAAGGUGAAGCCAUAAAGCUCCCUGCUUUGAAGCGCAGCCGCGGAUCGCGCGUCAGUCCCCGGGUGACGGUCAGAGCGCAGCAGCUGGAAUGAUCCCACAGCCACGGGUGGGGGGACGCGCUUAUCUGCGUGUUUGUGGAGAUUUUUGGCUUAAAGUUCGCCGCGAAAGAAGGAGCUGAAAGCUUUCCUCAAUCGCAGAGGGAUUCAAGAGCAGUGGGAGAACAAGGAGUCCUGUUGGGAUCUAAGGGGCAGAAAUUCAGCCUCCCGACGGUGUGCAGGGACCCCCGAAGGGACCAGCUGUUUGGUUGCGUGCGGAUGAAGCCCUCACUUCUGUGGAUUCUGGCGCUUCUGAUUGGAUGUCACCUCCGUUCGACCGUCCAAAGAUCACAGUCCUGAAAGGACGCAGUUUGUUUUUUUCUCCAACAGGAAAAUGUUUUUAGUCGUGUGAAACCUGUGGAGCUCCAUGGGGGCUUUAAGUGGAUGUUGGAGGAUGAGAACCCGGAUUUUGUCCAAUUCUUUGGAAAAGCAGAGCGGAUUUAUGAGAAAAUAAAAAUAAGAAGGACCUGCUGUAAACAAAGCAAUACUGUGAAAAAAAACAUUUUUAGCCCUAGCUAUCCAUCACAGAGUUUUGCUUCUAUGUUUAACAAUACUUUGACUCAUUUUGGAUGUUAAACAUGUGACGUUCAGUGUGUGCUUCUCUCUAUAGAAAGCUCUAUUAACUUGGAAGAGGACAGUCUUUUAAUUCCAGACAAUCUCAGCUUUCAUUACCGUGAAGAUUUUUUGUUUUCUUUUUCUAGAUGUUUUUAGAUCCAUCAACUGUAUAAGAAACAUUUUUCAUUCCCUAAAAAAAAAAAAAAAGGACAUUUGUUCCUUGAGGGAAGAAGCCGGUGCUUUUUUCCAUCACCGCCAUGGUGAUGUCACAGGGAACCUACACCUUUCUGGCCUGUUUCGCUGGCUUCUGGUUGGUCUGGGCCCUCAUCACCAUGCUGUGCUGCUUCUGCAGCUUUCUGCAGCGCCGCCUGAAGAGACGCCAAGAGGACCGGCUCAGAGAACAGUGUCUGCGGACGGUGGAGAUGGAGCCGCUCGAAACCCAGCCCGGCGGAUAUCCGCCAGGACCUCCAGCGGCGCAGCCCCAUCCGCAGAUCUGCCCUCCUCAGACUCUGGUGCCGCCCGUCGCCGUACCGGUUCCUCAUCCAAUGCCACAAGCAACCUGGGUCAGCAUGCCAGACACGGACAUAUUUGGGAAGCCGCCUUGCUAUGAGGAUGCAGUCCUUAUGGAGGACCCCCCUCCCCCUUACAGCGAGGUUUUGGCCGACCCACGAGGAGGAACCUACCUGAAGCCCAUCACCCUUCGGGGAGCGCCACUGCCGUUGACGUUGAGGGAUGGCCGGAACCCAUUUUCAGUCCUCACGUCCGAGACCAGAAAGCCCCCAGUGGCGACGGUGUUCCCAGACCGGGGUUACUCCUCGCUGAUUCGUCUGCCUUCAUCCCAGCGCUGGGACUCGUUGGGUCAUCUUCUCUCCAACAUGGACCUGAACCAUAACAGCCUGACCCCGCCAGGGGCGCGGUCAAUUCAGGCUGCCACUGCUGCCAUGGCAACAAUGCCACGCAGGGAGCUCAGAACUCUUCGUGAGAAUCUGCAAGGUGAAACAGGAGGACUUCAGGGGGAUGUACAGAGAUUUCCGGGAGGCUUUCAGGGUAUUCACAGACUUCGAAAUAUGGAGCCUAGUUGUGGCAUGCCGACUGCCUUCCCUCUGCUGGGUCGGAGCACCGCUGUCUAAUCAUCACUGGGAAAAAUAACCAGCAAGAUGGACUAUGAUAUAUUCAGAGACAAACUUACUUUAAAGCUAAUAACUGCUGCUGGAAGUAGAGAUUUCACUCCCCAUGGAUCUGCAGAUGGGGUCAGGAGGACAAUUAUUUUGAAGGAUAACCUGCAACCACAUCAGGAAAUAAAGCAUUUUUAAACCAGUGUUGCUGAACCACAGUAGUAUUCUGCCGUCAUGUUAGAGGCUAAAUAAGUUUGGAGGAGAGAGAAAAAGCCAUAAUGAAGUAAAGAUGUGCAACAAACUAGCAGUAAAUCCAACCUCCACGGUCUUCAUUUCUAUCUCCACCUCCUGUCUCAUUCAUCCCUGAUCUCUGCUUCUGUCUCUGAGCCACCCAUUGUAUGGGCCUGCUGUUGCUAUGGCUCCGGAGAACUGCCUGUUCGCUUUAUCUGCUCCGAUUUUUUUUAACACUCAGCUCACAGCAUGCAUCUUCUCGAGGACUGUGAGAAUCAAGACGUAAGAAAGGAGCACACGGUGACCUUCAGUGGGACCCGGCCAUCGUGUUUGUGACACCGAACAGGAGGCCAAGCUUCUUCUUAGACUGAAGUUCAGCUAAGCACAAUCGGGGGAAAAUCUGAUUUUAGUUUUGUAACUUAAUGCUUAGUCAUUUUCAGUGCCGUCUUGACCGUCAGUAAAGAUUUGUUUUUAAUCACAACAUGACGUCAGGUGGAUCUGUGAUAAGAAAAUUACCUUUUUCAUGUACAACCGUGAAAUAUCACAAAGGCCUUUUCUUGUGUAAUAAAAAUC